AAUUAUGUUUACAGGAACAGAGAAAUUCAACAAAGGCCGGGUGCUCAACGCCGGUUUCGACCAGAUCAAGGACUACUGGGAGUGCUUCAUAUUCCAUGACGUGGACCUGCUGCCGCUGGACCCUAGGAUCCUCUACACCUGCCCCAAGUAUCCGAGAUACAUGAGCACUAAGGUCUACGAAGGCGGCAAAGUCGUCAAGUUAACCGAAUUCUUUGGGGGUGUAACAGCAAUGAGCGACCUCCAUUUCUUGGAUGUCAACGGCUACUCCAACAAAUUCUGGGGGUGGGGCGGCGAGGACAAUGACAUGUAUUGGAGGUAG